UGUAGCAAAGCAUGCUGGAUUUUGACAUCCACAUGCAUACAUGCGUGCCCAUGCCGACCACCGUAUACCCAAACCUCUGUUUUGUAUUCGUGUAAUAUUGAUAAUUUAUUUUGUUAAUUAUUUUUUAGUUAUUGUGACUUUUUACAUAAACUAAAACUUGCAUGGUUGAAAUCCGCAAGUUAUUGUUAUCAGUCGGCAUGGAGGUUACGCGGAAGAUAUUUUGUUUUAGCACUGUUGGAAACUGUUUCCUCCUAUUUUUCACAAUUAUUUUUCUCGUCAAACAAAGUGCAGCUGCCGUACGGUGUGCAUCAACGGACAAAACCCCAUACACUGGAGCUAACAGCUAUUCUACGAAUUAUACCGGCAUCCAAAAGCAACCACAAAAACUUUCGGCCAACUACACAGCGUUCGCCGAUGAGCCCACGCCGUAUUCGGACCGGCUAACCUAUCAAAACCGCUCCUAUACACCGUAUCGCAAUGACUACUAUCCCAAUAACUAUUACAACCGUUCGGUAAACUAUGACCGCGGAGACUACAACGACCGACGUCCCGACACCUACGAUCGGUAUAAUGACGAGGAAUAUUACCGCAGUGAGGAUUACCGGCGACCGAAUCGGUAUUACAACUCCACUGGGUCAGGAUAUUAUCCACGAAAUUACACGGCGUCCCGGAUGAUCCACAAUGAUACGGGUUAUAACUGGACGAUGGGUUACGACGGGCGGGGGACGGAUUAUUCGAAGAAAAAGGGCUACAGAGCGGAACCGUACGAUGAUCGUCGGUAUGACGGAUAUGCGGAUAGGUACAGCGAUGACCGCGAUAAUUAUGAGUCUGGACGAAUGACCGGCGACCGAUACCGGGAUGACGACUACGGCCGAGAUGACUACGACUCCACGUACAGGGGAAAUUACCGUUAUAAUAGUUCAGGUCCUUACCGGUCUGACCGUUAUCGGGACUACGACAACGAUAAUUACGGACGGUACAAUGAUGGACGUUACGCCAAUGACCGUUAUGAUUAUGGGCGUAAUGAUUCGUACGCGUUGGGACGAAAUACUGCCGGCCGGGAUUAUGACCGAUACGAUGGCCGUGACCGCUAUGGAUACGAUAACCGGGAUUCGUACGGCCGAAACGAACAACUGCGCGGACCGGAGUACGACCGGUAUGGGAAAAUUAACCCAUACGGAGGAUCCUAUAAUGGCGGUUAUAAUGGUUACGGACAGACAUACAAUAAACCGCAGGAAGCGUACGGAUCCGGAUAUGACUGCCCCAUCCAGACGAAGGAGACCAAGUCGUCACAUGCCGACAUUCCCACCACUUCCGCCAGUGCUAUUGUCUCUAUUCCCACGGGUGACUUCAUUCUGUAUUGUUCGCAACAUCCGGCAAAAACAAUCCUGGCGUAUCCGCUGUACUGCAGCGGUUAUGGCGACGAGGGAAUGGGCAAAGAUGCCACACCAACACUUAUCGACAAUACAUGCUUCGACAUCCGGGUGGUGGAUGAUCUAAACAAUUUGGAAAAGCCUAACCAUCUCAUUAUCGCUUUGACCAAAGCGGGUCAUUCUGCUGCGUACCAAGUGGACUAUUCGUCUAGCACCUUAAAACUCCUUCCGUGCCUUCAUGUUUUUGAGUACAAGUAUUUGGUGGAUUUUGAGUCAGUUCCCUUGGGACAUGCCGGCACACUGCUGGCCUUCGCCAAUAACAACGUGGAGCCGACAGCGGCUUAUCACGAGUCCGUGCAGCCGUUGUACAUUGCCAAGGACGGCAAAAUCGCCCUGUGCGGAUUCGCCGACAUCCAGAACGUCCUGGAUGUGACGGCGUGGAAGAAGAGCGUGGAUUCCAUCAUCUUGGUGUAUUCGCAGCGACGUGGCAAUACACGCCGAACCCUGCUACACUUAUUCGAGAUCCGCUUCAAGGAUGGCUACUGCGAUGUGCGACCGUAUAAGCACCAGAAGACCAUUGGCGCGGCGGUCUACGAUGGACAGCGCAACACGCUGUGUGCCUACGAACCGUUCACCAUUGACCAGUGCCUGUGUGGAGUGGAGGAUUUACAAAUCCUUCGGGCGCCGCAUUACCACAAAACUGUCCAUCUGGGCGUGGCCUUGAGCAAUAACGUUAAGUAUGAGACGGAUGGGGCGUGUCCAGUGGAAGAGCGUCUCCAGCCGGACAACCAGUAUGAUAAGUCGUUUUGCUGCUGUCCGCUGGCCAAUCAGCGUUCGUUUAUUAUCGAGUAUUCCGGGCAGUCGCGCAGUUUUGAUUUUAUGUCGGAUGACGAUAACGCGUUCCAGACUCUAUACGCCGGUCCCGAAUCGGCAACGGAAAUCUCUCAGUUGCAAACGGAAAAAUGCUGCCCGGUAUUCCAAACCAUAAGUCCAGUCGGCGAAACAUCCCUUUACACAUUGGAACAGAAUCGUUAUGGCGGCUGGCAGGUCUAUCAGUUUAUCAACCAUGGAUUACCGUCGUACGCCGAAAGUUCUUCCUUUGGAUAUUGUGACGACAACGAUGUCAUUGUCAGUUACACUUUGCACAGCUUUCAAGCAGACAAUACGAUCUACCAUAUUCGGUGUAAUUGGGAUGGAAAAUAUAGCAACGAUGCGUACAAAGAGAAGACCAAUUACGUCGGACGAACAAGUUACACUGCUCCGUCCCCAUAUGCGCUAGCGCCGGCUAAGACUUAUACGUCCAGCUACAACAACAGCAAUUACAAAGCCCCGACCAGCAACACCCCCGCCGCCUAUCCGACUCCCAGCUACACCGCCCCAGCACCGGCUCCCGUACCGGCACCGGCACCCUACGCCCAGCCGGCGCCCAGCUCCUAUGCCGGCUCACCGGCACCGGCCGCCUACGCAUAUAACAGCCCCAAUAGUUAUGCCGCCGCGAAAGUAUACUAUAACGGAUCCAACUCCUACAACACCACGUACAACAACACGAACUAUGCCAGUAAACCCAAAUACGAUUAUUUGCGCGCCAACUACAGUAAAGAUCAGCGUCCUGUUAAUAUUUACCUGAAUAUGUCCGACAAUCCGCUUUUUCAUCGUUUAGCAUCACAACAGUAUCAGCGCCCGUAUAACGGGACAUACCGGCAUGGAUUCGGAAAUGAUCUGUACAAUGCGGAUCCGUAUGGGCAUUACGGCAACUAUUCCAUGUCGCGGGCGACCUAUGGGCCGCAGCUGUACAGCGGCGGAUAUGCCCAGCCGGGAUACAAUGUCUAUCAGCCGGCACCGUUAAGUUACGACAUGGCGCAGUACGCUCCGUCGUCGCAUACCGGCAUCCGUUUCACGAAUUCCACACGGGGCGGGUAUUAUUCGCCAUCGGCACGGACCAACGGCAGAUAAAAGAGCUGUGUCAAAAAACUGAAAAAUGAUUUUUUGUAUCUCAAACAUUAUUUGUAUACUUGUUGUAAUACUGUAAAGGAAUGUUGUGCUUCAGCGGUUAUUACCGUGUUUUCUAGUACAAAUGCCUGAAAUUAUUAUUUUGGUUGAAAUGUGAAUGUCAAUAAUAAUAUUAUGUCGAUAAUGGUGCGGCAUUUAUUGUUCCAAAAA